AUGAGAUGUGUUUUGCCACUGGGACUUCUGGCACUUGGUGCGAGCAUGGAUGUGGGUGAGAAAAACUUGGCAACAGCCAAGAGGGACCUUGAGCUAGGCGAAGGAGAGGCGUGGAAGACUGCUACGCCGGCAGAGGCUCAAGAUCUCAUGGCGAAAGAGGCAGCUCUCUACGCUCCAAAGAUCAAGUGCGCAUUUACCCCCAGCAGCCCGAUCGGCUUUGAGGCGGCUGGCAAGAGCCAAGAAGAGUGUGGUGAGAUGUUUGGGAAGGCCUUUGCGCCCAUCAGCACACACAAAAAUUGGAAAUGCGAUUGGGGCAUCGCGGAGGGUAGCGAGGGCAAAAUGGUCAUCGCGUGGUGCCCCUUCAAAUACACCAUUGUAUCAACUGGAGAGGUGAUCUCCAGCACCACGAUGCUCAGGUACGAGUUUGAUGAUGCGGGUCUAAUCAUUGGGUAUUACCAGGAGUUCGACACUUCAAAGUUUGCAAAAAUCAAUGCGUUGGUUCUCUCAACUGCCUUCUCGAACCCCAUCGGAGCAACGCUUCUCCUCGCCUUCGGUAGCGCAGUCUUCGUGGCUUCCGGUGUUCGGGCCAUGCGAAGACAGUCGGAGCCACUGUUGGAUGGCUAUGCUGGUUUGGCUUAG